UGAAUUUAACAUGGUCAUGUUCAGGAAAAUUGGAUUAUAUCUCUAUAACCAUAUUACCAUCAUUUUCUCUGAACAAAGGGAACAAUAUUCUGUUGUUGGUGGUGAAAGAGCUGGGGAAUUAUCCUGUAAUGCCGUUGAAUGCUCACGGCUGACUCUGGUGAAUCUGCCCAGGCUUUACUAACCAUCAAGAAUGGUGGAUUUUAUGGGACAAAGGAUACAAGUGACACUGUAGUCUCUUCUGACAUGGAUCCUCUUGACAUUGAAAAUGGUGAAAAUCUUCAAACUGAAGACUUUGAGAAUGAGAACUCAAAUGAUAGCCGGCCAGGCUUUCUCUCAGCACUUGGGCUUCAACCAGCUGGAAAGAAUGGAGCUAGUCCAAGACAAACACCAGAAAAGAGAUCCACUCCACUCCUAUAUAAUAGGAGGGGUACACCUCAGCGGAUACGGAAAAAGAACCGUCUAUACUUUGAUGACGAUCACGUGAGCGGCCCAGCGGUGCGAGCAUCGCCGAAAAAGUCUCCGGCGCCGCCGCGGGAGCGGGCGGCCGAGCCCACCACGCCAGUGCGCGGUCGGCUGACGCCGCUCCGUGGCGCCGCUGCCGCCUCCCCGGUGCGGGCCGUCGUCACUACGCCCAAGAAGACGCCGACGCGGGCGGCUGCUGUGGCGGCGGCGGCUCAGCUGCACAAGAUGAGCAGCUCGCCGGCCGCCGCCCCGGCGCCCGCUCCGGCUCCGGCUCCGGCUCCGACUCCGAUCCUGCCACGGACGGUCGCGCCGGCCGUCCCCGCUCUGGAGGCCGGCAGGGUGACCAUAAACCGGCAGCGCGAGGCGCACGCACUCGGCCUGCGGCUCCGUAACCUGCUGAAACUGCCCAAGGCACACAAGUUCGUCUGUUACGAGUGGUUCUACAGCACAAUCGAUGAAUGCCUGUUUUCUGGCAGCAACGAUUUUUUAAUAUGUUUGAAGGAGCAGUUCCCUAAACUGAAAACCACUCAACUCACCCGAACCGAAUGGUGUAAAAUUCGGCGCCAGAUGGGAAAACCACGGAGGUGUUCACCGUCAUUUUUCACCGAGGAGCGCAAUGUGCUGGAGCUGCUGCGACAGAAGGUGCGCUACAUGCAGAGCCAGCAAAGGCGCUCCUACGACCGGUCCUUCUUCAAGAACAUGCCCGACGAGGUGCCCGUGCAGCUGAGCAUCGGCACGCGGGUGACGGCCCGGCUGCGUCACCCGCAGGACGGCCUCUUCACAGGUGUGAUCCAGGCACUGGACGGCGCCAACGCCCAGUACCGCGUCUCGUUCGACAAGCCCGGCCUGGAGACCCAGUCGGUACCCGACUACGAGGUGCGCGCCAUCGAGCCAGUCGACACCGUGCCCACGGCCAGCUUCGCGCGCGCCGGCUCGGCCAGGCCGUCCCUGUUCAACACGCCGCCCCGCUUCAGUCUGCCCGAGCUGCGCUCACCGCUGGCCAACGACCCGCUCAUGUCGGCUGGCACCCCGGCAAAGUCGGAGCUGCGCCUGCUCGACCAGACCGGAGUCGUUAACGGAUACUCCAUCAAGUUUCUCUUGCAUGUGGUGCGGCUCAACAAGAUCCUCCUGGUGAAGCGUGAGCGCGUCAGUCGGCUGGAGUCGAUGAACUCUGAGGCUGAGCGCGCCCAGCUGUAUGGCCAGCCGCUGACGGACGAGUUUCAGCGGCGAUACGCGCAGCUGGUGCUCCAACUGGAGGGCAUCAACAGCCAGCUGCGGGAGACCACCACCGACGUGCAGCAGUGCUGCCAACAGCUGAUGCCGGAGAACGGCCUGUUGCCGGCCGUGCUGCCCACACACAUGAAGACGCUCUGUGACGAGGAGGCCGGCAGACAGGUGUCCGCGGCGCUCACCGGCCGCUCCCAGCGCGCCCAGCCGGUCUCCAGCGACUCGGACGUGCUCCAGCUCAUCACAAGACUCACCUCGCUCCUGCUCCAGGUCAAGAAUUUCGCCGACGCCGAGAUGAACCCGUUCGAACUGAGCUCUCUGGAGGAGACGAUGCGCGAGAUCCGCGAGUCGCUGCGACCCGAGCACCUGGCGGACUUCCAGGACCAGGUGCAGGUGCAUCUGCAGCACGUGCAGACGGGACUGACACAGCGGUGGAACAGCCGACCGGGCCGCCGGCCGCCGGCGCCCUCACCCGGCCGGCACUGAGCGCACAUGGCGAGAGGGCGCGUCCGGUGUGGGAUAGUCUCACCGAGUGUGUGUGUAACACAGCGGACUGAGUGAGGGCACGGGUGGGUGUAGCGUGUGAGAGAGGCUUUAUGAUGUGUCUAGUGUGACCCCUAGCUGGUUGGUAUUAUGGUGAUCUGGUGGGCUGGUGGCGCGGCAGUGGUAGCCACUCGCCACAGCAACGCUGGUUUUAAGUCGUGCGGUUUUAUGACUUCUUUUGCACGUUGGGUUUAUGUGUUUUGUGAAGGCGUUGCUGCUUUGUGAGGUCAGGCAACGGUGCCUCGGGUGGUCCACGAGUCGUCCCUUUUUAGAGAGCAUCGGCAUUCUUAACCUAUCAGCUGCCGGGCUGGUGUCGCGGCGGCUGGCGCGCCCGCCCCGCGGCCAUGUGCGGGUGCCUUUUCCGAGUGACAGCACGCCCCGCCGGACCGGAGAUGCGGCGGCGCCGGGGGCGGUCGGCCGGUCCCACUUUUAGCGUGAAUAGCUCUCCACAGCGCGCGCCGCCCGGGACCUGGCUGCGUAGGUAACAUUUUAUAAGUGCUAAUGGCUUGGCCUCAAGUACAAAGCGAUGUUGUAUAUUAAUGAAACGGGGGUUUCCAUAUUUGUCGUUUUGUGGUGUGAAUCAUGCAUUCAAUAAACUGAGUAAUUGUAUUUUAGAUUAUGUGCUGUUAUUUCUAGCUUUCUUUCGAUUACUGGCAAUCCAACUUUGAUGUGGGAACUGGAUUUGUCAUGAGCGCUGUUGUUUCAAUGCGAUUAUUGAUUUACCGCAAUCAGUUUGGUAUGUCUGAGGCUGAUUUUGACCAUUGAUCACGUUUUAAUACAAAAGUGUGAAAUCACU